AUGGAGCCCGGCAAAGUUAUAAUAUUAACAGGAGUAUAUUCAAUUGAAAUUUUGAAAAAAAAAUGGCGAUAUCUAAGGGAAAAAUAUACGAGGGAAAAUAAGAAACCGAAAAGUGGCAGUGGUGGUGAAAGAAAAAGAAGUUGGGUGCAUAUGCAAUCUUUGCAGUUUUUAGAUGAUGUCACCACAAAAAAUAAAAAAACCUCGAGUAACUUUUCAUUAGCUGCAGAUUCAGAUACUCCAGAUAUAGAACCAAUACCAUAUAAAAGGAAGAAAGAUGAUAAUAUAUCCUUUCAGGAAGCCAUCCUUAAAGAGAUGCAAGCAUCAAGGCCAAUUCUACCUCAAGUAUAUGAACAGCCUCAAGAAGUUAAUGAUCCUCAAGACAUUAAUUUUGCCAAUUAUGUGGUAAGCCUCAUGAGGAAUAUUCCAAAAAAACAAAAAACCGUGCUUCAAAGCGAAAUAAUAUCAAAAAUAGUUGAAUACACCGAUGAUUGA